GAAAGAUGUUCAUCGAUUCGUAUCUUGUGGGGUUGAUGCGAAAAGAGUUCUUUGAUCCAUUAAACGCCAGAAAAACAUUGCUCGUAUUUUGCUGUGCACUAUCCUGUGUUUUAUUCGUGCAGUACAUAUUUCGCUUGCUCAGCCAGAUUAAGAAACUGCCACCAGGUCCGUGGGGUGUGCCAAUUUUCGGUUACCUGACUUUUAUAGGUCAUGAAAAACACACGCAGUAUAUGAAGCUUGCCAAAAAAUAUGGUGCACUGUUUAGCGCUAAGCUUGGCGCCCAGCUGACCGUAGUUAUAAGUGACUACAAAAUUAUCCGAGAGGCAUUUAAAACGGAAGAGUUUACUGGCCGGCCCCACUCUCCAUUGCUGAAGACAUUAGGAGGAUUCGGGAUAAUCAAUAGCGAGGGACCAUUGUGGAAGGAUCAACGCCGUUUCUUGCACGAGAAGCUGCGUAACUUCGGCAUGACGGUACUCGGAAACAAGAAACAUCUGAUGGAAAAUCGAAUAAUGACCGAAGUAACAGAACUAUUGGUCACGUUGAGUUCCGUAGAAAAUAGGUCCACUGAUCUCAGUCGUUAUCUGUCUGUGUCGGUGAGCAACGUCAUUUGUAAUAUCAUUAUGUCAGUUCGCUUUUCGAUCGAGGAUCCCAAGUUCAAACGAUUUAACUGGCUUAUAGAGGAAGGAAUGCGACUGUUCGGCGAAAUACACACGAUUGACUACAUUCCACAAAUACAAUAUUUACCGGGCAAUAUCAACGCGAAGAACAAAAUAGCAAAAAAUCGCGAAGAAAUGUUUGACUUUUAUCGGGAAAUUAUCGAAGAACACAAGCGAACGUUUGACAACAAUAACAUACGGGACAUUGUCGAUGCAUAUCUUGCCGAGAUCGAAAAAGCACAGGCAGAAGGGCGCGAUGGAGAAUUAUUCGAGGGUAAAGACCAUGAGAUUCAGAUGAUGCAGGUGAUAGCUGAUUUGUUUUCUGCUGGUAUGGAAACAAUUAAAACUACGUUACUGUGGUUGAAUGUGUUCAUGCUUCGUCAUCCUGAUGCAAUGCAGCGUGUUCAGGAUGAGCUGGAUCAAGUGGUUGGUCGCAACCGACUUCCCAGAAUCGAGGACGUCCCAUACUUGCCAAUCACUGAAACGACGAUUUUGGAGGUGAUGAGAAUAUCCAGUAUAGUGCCAUUAGCUACUACUCACUCUCCCAAGAGUGACGUUGUUAUAAAUGGUUACACAAUACCUGCUGGAUCUUACGUUGUGCCACUAAUUAACAGUGUUCAUAUGGACCCAAACUUGUGGGACAAACCAGAGCAGUUUAAUCCAAGCAGGUUCUUGGACGCCGAAGGAAAAGUCCACAAACCUGACUACUUCAUACCGUUUGGAGUCGGCCGUCGGCGAUGUCUUGGAGAUGUACUGGCACGCAUGGAAUUGUUUCUGUUUUUUUCUUCAAUUAUGCACACCUUCACAAUCGAGCUACCGGAAGACGAACCAAUGCCCGGGUUAAAAGGAAUUAUCGGAGUCACAAUCAGUCCACAGGCGUUUCGCGUCAAUCUUAUACCACGUCCACUUCAAACAGAACUGGUAAAUAUGAACACCAUCGGAAUGUGCUGACAAGGAUUGAG